AUGUUGCCUGAAACAGAAUCAUUCAAAUUGACUUAUUUUAAUGGCCGAGGCCGCGCCGAAGUAACACGAUUGUUAUUCGCCCAAGCAAAUGUAAGCUACGAGGAUAUCCGUAUCAGCAAAGCAGAAUGGCCAGCUUUAAAACCUAAAACGCCAUAUGGACAUGUUCCAAUAUUGAAUGUAAGUGGCAAAAUACUAGCAGAGAGUCACGCUAUCGAAAGAUAUUUGGCUCGAAAAUUCGACUUGUUGGGAACAAAUGAAUGGGAAGCAGCAAAAAUUGAUGAAAUUAUUUGCAACUUAGAAGAUGUUUGGGUGAAAAUGCAGCCAUGGUUACAUGAAGAAAAGGGUACCAAAAAGAGUGAAAUGUUCGAAACGCUUGUUAAAGAAACUAUUACUCCAUUCAUGCAACGAUAUGAACAAUUUCUGCUAAACAGUCACAGUCCAUAUUUCGUUGGAAAUAAGAUGUCCCUGGCAGAUUUGGCAGUUUUUCAUAUACUCUACUAUUUCCAAGAAAUGACAUCUAAUUAUCCGAAGCUAAAUGAAUUCGUUGUCAAAAUUGGACAGAUGCCGAGAAUUAAGGCAUGGGUCAACAAGAGACCAAUUACAGAUUUCUAA